AUGACCAGAAGCAGCAUGUGUCCAUACACAUUGAAACGAGACUGAGAUUAUCACAGUGUUUGAAAAUGGCUGCAUCUGGAAAGCUGACUACACUUCGCUUACCUCCCCUGCCAACUAUUGGAGAGAUAAUCAAACUUUAUAAUCUAAGAGCAGAAAAACAACUCUCUCAGAAUUUUCUUCUAGACUUGAAACUAACAGAUAAAAUUGUAAGAAAAGCUGGAAAUUUAAGAAAUGCUUAUGUGUGUGAAGUUGGUCCUGGACCAGGUGGAAUCACAAGAUCAAUUCUUCAAGCUGGAGUUGAAGAACUUCUGGUGGUGGAAAAAGAUACCAGGUUUCUUCCUGGGCUACAGCUACUGAAUGAGGCUUCUUCAGGGAAACUCCGUAUUGUCCAUGGAGAUAUUCUCACCUACAAAAUGGAAAGAGCCUUUCCUAAGCAUCUGCAGAAGCAGUGGGAAGAUGAUCCACCUAAUGUGCACAUCAUUGGAAAUCUGCCUUUUAAUGUUUCUACUCCACUGAUAAUCAAGUGGCUGGAGCAGGUUGCAAACAAGAAUGGCCCUUUUACGUAUGGCAGAACUCAGAUGACUCUGACUUUUCAGAAGGAAGUAGCAGAGAGGCUAAUAGCCAGCACCGGUAGCAGACAGAGGAGCAGACUCUCUGUCAUGUCCCAGUACCUUUGCAAUGUGCGAAACUGUUUCAUUAUUCCUGGCAGUGCUUUUGUUCCAAAACCAGAGGUGGAUGUUGGUGUUGUGCAUUUUACCCCUUUAAUAAAGCCGCAAAUUGAACAGCCUUUCAAGUUAGUAGAAAAAGUUGUUCAAAGUGUCUUUCAGUUCAGAAGAAAAUACUGCUACCGAGGAGCUGAAAUUCUAUUUCCAGAAGCAGAGCGGUUAAAACUCACAGAACAGUUGCUUAUGUUAGCCGAUGUUGACCCAACACUACGUCCAUCUGAACUCUCAAUAACACAGUUUAGAAAUUUGUGCAAUGUGUACAGAGACCUGUGUGACAAAGAUCCCACUUUAUUUUCUUAUAACUUUAGAGAAGAACUCCGUUUGAAAAAGCUGUAUAACAAACCCAUAGAAGAAAUUGAAGAAAGUGACUUGUAAAUAUAUAUGUUUAUUACCACACUGUUUUUGAACUGUACAGGAGAUCACCAUGAGACUACAGUAUAUUUCAAGUACCCAAAAUAAUUCUAUUCUACUAGGUAACAUGAAAUAAUUUAUUUAAUAAAGUAACUUUUUUUACAACUUUUUUUUGUUUUUCUCCAAACCCAUUUUAAAUGCUUUGCUCUUUCCUGUAACACAAUACAGAAAUUAUGAUGAUUUUUUUUUUAAAAAAAGUCUGGAGAUAGGACAAAGCAAACCAACUGAUAUUUUGUUUAAAGGGAUGCUAAACCCAAUUUUUUCUUUCAUGAUUGAGAGAGCAAGCAAUUUUAAGCUAAUUUCUAAUUUACUCCUAUUAUCAAUUUUUCUUCUCUUGCUUUCUUUAUUAACAAACAAAAAAUGUAAAGCUUAAGAGUCGUCCCAUUUGAGCUCUUGCUUAUUGGUGGCUACAUUUAGCCAACAAUAACGUAAUCCAGAUUCUGGACAAAAAAUGGGCCGGUGUUCUAUCGAGAACUCCAAUACAUCGAAAACUCCAAUCUGAUGUCACUUCCGGUGAUUCCAUACAUCUGAUUGGUCCGUGUCCAGCGAGUGACAGGAUUCACAACCAAUCAGAUGGGCACUGUAAUUGCCUAUCUUUAGUAUCUAUUUUACUUCCGCCUGGGGGGUUCAAGGGUUUCGAAGCCCCCCCUUGUAAACCUCUUUGCCAGGGGAUCACUGAUGCGCCCCCCAGACAGAGGCAAAACAGAUACUAAAAUAGAAGAGUCACCGGACGGGACGUCAGAUUGGAGUUUUCAAGGAAUUGGAGUUCUCAACAGAACACCAGCUCCAGCUUUACAUUCUUGCUUUUUAAAUAAAUAUAGCAAAAGAACGAAGAAAAUUUGAUAAUAGGAGCAAAUUAGAAAGUUGCUUAACAUUGCAUGCUCUAUCUGAAUCAUGAAAGAAAAAAAAAUGGGGUUUGUAUCCCUUUAAGGCUUGUUUAGGCAAUAUAUUUUCUUGUCUGUGUGUGUAUUUUUUAUUAAUAUACAUAAGCAAAAAAUGACCCAAAACACUUUAAAUUCAGGGCAACAACGUAUGAUUUACUGUACAAUUUUGUAAAGAAAAUAAAAAAAUACAGUCAAAACAA